CGCCCGGCCGGAGCCCUCGGUCUCGACCCGAGUCGCUCGGCGAGAAAUCCGGGAGAGAGAGGGGGUGUUCUUGACCUUCCCAGCAAACGUUUCGGGCCAACCAGUCGCGUUCUUGAUUCGACCGUAACGAUUCCGAUAGACCGACCGAGAGAGGCUUGGUGCAGGAAUCGGAGAAAUAAAAAAGAACUGGAAGAGAUAUUGAUCGUAGAAGGAAUUGACGUGAAAGCAAAUGAUUACGUGAAGUUUGAUGUUUACGUUAACGUUGUGGACAGUACGAUUACGAGUCUAUACAGGGAAUUCGUCGGAACAUUCGUCGACAUUCCAAAAGGUACAUCUUCGAAGAAAAAGAUGACAUUGUAA